UGCAGCCGCUUUUAUUACGCCGUGUGAAAACUGGUCCGCGAGACAGCGCUUCGCGCGGCCCAUGGACGCCAGCGACCUAAAGUUUGUCUUUGCCGUGUGCUCGAUGCGCGCGGAGUGCGGACCGUGCGUACGUCGCGUUCGGCCGUUACUUUUGUUGCCGUAUUAGCGACAAGUUCGCUGCAAUUUUUGGUGACGAGUUUGUGGUGCGUUGACAAUCCGCGCAUUCGUUUAUUGGGCAUUUAGCGACAGGUUCGCUGCCGUUCUAGCGACGAGAUCGCUGUCGUUGCGACCACCUCGUGGUGCGUUUCGCUUUUAUUAUCGUCUUCGACGUCGUUCCGGUUAACGUCGACCUGUUGUGCGACCGCAUUCGUUGUCGCGCGUUCGCCGUUGAUAUUAUUAUUAAGUAUGUCCCGCGGACGACGCGCCGCUUCCAAUGCCGUGAUUACGUCAUUUGCGCAUCACGUAAAUCCGGUCACUCGUCAUCGUCCGGUGUCUCCGUCAACAGCCGCCGCCGUCCCCCCCGUUCACCUGCGUGUCAACGACAUCGUCGCCGCCGAUACACUGCCGAUCGAUAAACUACAAUUUGGAAGAGACGACUCUACAUUCAACAUGAUCUUGUGUAGCUGUAGUUUCUGUCAAUUACAACAAGUAUUUUUAGAAUAUCAUCGUCUGAAUGGAAGAGAUUUUGAAGAUGUUAUCAACAGUGAAUUUAUUGUGAAUAUUAGAGCAGUCGUGAAAUCAGUAAGAGACAAAAUUACAUACUUGGCCAAUCGUUUGAUGUUUGCAAGCACACCUUGUUUUGGCUCAGAUGACAGACCGUUGAUUUGUAUAAUUGCAACUCGUUAUGAAAUUAAAAAUGCUUACAUGUCGAUGUAUAGGAGUUCUUUGAAGGCUGAUAUUGGGGACAAUACAUACUGUGAAUACAAAAGAUGUCUCAAGGCACUAGUUUUAGGCUGAAAGUAAUAAUAUUCAUACAAUCUUAUUUUACAGUGUUCUAUUUAUAUAAUCAUUAAAACAUUUUACUCCUUUCAAAUUAUUUAAUUUUAAAAUCUGAAAUUGAUAUUUACUUUUUUCAUUUUUCCUUUUGCAUUUAAUAUUGAUAUUGUAUACAAAUAUAUUUUUACUCAUUCUUAAAGCAAAACUUAAAUUAUGAUAACUAAAUUUCAUAAUUUAUUUAUUCUUUUUUAUCUAAUGGAAUUAUUUAAAUGCAGGUAUUUGAUAUAUUAAUUUUUAUUAUGUCAAUUUUUAAGAUUCUUUUUUUCGAUGUGUUAAUAUUUUCUAUGUUUUUCUAUGUUGUUAUUUACUUAAACCAAAAUUAAAAUUUUUUGCCGAAUCUGGUCGAUAUUUUAUACUACAUAAAACUAAAUAUAUGAAAAAUUAUAUUAU